AGCAGUUAAUUUUGAGAAUAAUUAAUUUAAAUUUAAAUAUGAGUGAUACCGAAACAGAAUCAUUGAAUCCUUAUUAUAAAGAUAUUGUUGCAUAUCUGCAUACUUAACAAAUUCUCAUAUUUUAACAAAACGAUCUGUUGGAUGAGUUUAAAAUCUUGUCAUAAUUUUAGUUUAGAUUGAAACUUAAAAUCUCAACAUUAUAUUUAGCUAAAUCAAUAUAUUUAAGAACUAAUAUAUUAACUUAGGAUUAUUUAUUAACAAGUUUGUGGAUUGCAACUAAAUUUGAUUAAUAAGAUAGAUGUAAAUGGUAGAUGUCUACAUAAAUUGAAACACACAUUUUACAAAAAUUAAAUUUUGAAAUAACUAAACCAACUGUCAUGGAUUUUAUAGAAUAACUAAUUUAUUACAUAAAGAAGACUAAAAGAAUAUCAGCUGAAUAAGUACGAUUAAUAUAUGCUCUUUCUUUAAUGGCAUUACCAUGGAAACUUAAUUACCAGCCAUCUUAAAUUGCAUCUGCUAUUAUUGUAUUGCUCUUUAAUCAAUCAUUUUAGAUCAUUUCUUUCACACUCAAAAAUAUCAAAAAUCAUGAUUUCCAAUCCGAUUGUUAUGAAGAUGUUCGCUAACAAUUACUUAAUAAAUAUGAUCAAAAUAUUAUCAUAUCAUAAAAAUAUCCAUCCAGUUAUCUCUUAAUUAAAAAGAAUAUGUAUAGACUUUAUUGA